AAAUUUCCUCUUCCAUAUUCAAUUAUCUUCAAAUUCAUACAUAUAUUAGUAGCUCUAACAAUAUGGAAAUUGAUGAAAAUAUGUUGGUAAAAAUAGGUCUCUUUAUUUUGGUCCAAGCUUUGGUUUAUUUGAUUUUAUCAAAAUCUUCAAAUGUAUUCUCCAAGACACAAAGAUCUUACAGCUUCAAAACAGCUCGUUCCGUCAGCAUUCGCCGGAUGGCCGCCGCGCUCGCCGACAUACCUGCCGGAGGUGAACUAUCUCCGACUAGUUCCAAGGACUUGACCUCUUCUAAGUCAUUCAAAGACACAUAAAUUAAAUCAAAUUAUUUGGUGUGAAUUUUAUACAGGUUUAUUCUUUUUCUUUUAACUAGCUAGGUGUAAAUUACAAAUUCGUUGUGUAUCGUAAAGAUUUUAAUAUAUUUAAGGUUUGAAUAUACA